AUGUCUGCGGAGAUCCUUUGCGGCCUUCAAUACCUCCACACCAGGGGCAUCGUGCAUCGAGACCUAAAACCAGGAAAUAUCCUCCUGGGCGAAGACAGCUGUAUUAAAAUUGCCGAUUUUGGACUGGCUGCAAUAGAUGCCAGCGGAUCCAUGCUACACGACCCCGUCGGAACACUAGCGUUUGUGGCGCCAGAGGUAAGAAACAUUCUAUUCAUCUUUUGA